GAUCGUCGCAUUCUCCAUCCAUCAUCAUCACCAGACGUCUGGAUCCACAGUGACUGCCACACAGUGAACUGUGAGAGCCUGGAUUCGAGUCCUACAUCUGGGUCUCUCUCUCCGUGUUUCAGUGUCUCGCUCUCUCUCGCCCUCUCUCUCGGUGAAUAUAAAGAUGCAUCACGUUACACUUUGUGGCCUCCUCCUGUUGGUCACUUCCUGGCCCUGCGUCUUUGCUACGAUUGUGAAUAAGGUGGUGUACAAGUUCAGCACGGAAUAUGAAGCGAUUUGGAACGACAGGGGAAGUGGUGCUGCAGUGGACGUGUCGAUUUGGAGACCAUCCAGCCUGGAGUCCGGCUUCUAUCCGCUGGGAGACGUCGCGGUCACUCUGCACGAGCAACCGAAGUCCGCGAGUAUUCUAGUGAGGGACUCUGGGAACUCGCUAGUACGAGCUCCCAUCAGCGUCACCGAGGUGUGGAACGACAGGGGCAGUGGAGCUGACCGUGAUGUCACAGUGUACCGGCUCAACCCGUUGAACGGUUUCACGUGCCUGGGCCACGUGGCCGUGGCGAGCUACAGCCAGACACCCAGCCUCAACGCAUACAGGUGCGUCAAUUCGAGCCACGUGACCCAGGGACGCCUCAGCUUCGUCUGGAACGACAGAGGCUCGGGAGCGACGCGCGACGUCAGCUUCUGGAGUGUGGAGAACGAUCCGAUGUUGACUGGCAUCACCGCGGGGACGUUCAUCUCCCAUGCGAGCCACAGUGACCUGGGCACGGUGCCCGCCGUGCUGGACGCGAACAAAGCCAUUCUCUCCGCGUUCCUGCCAACCUCGUCAGAGGUGGCGCUCGUCCUGUACAACACGGACAGAGUGACGGAGAUGUGGAAUGAUAAAGGCAGCGGAGGGAAGUAUGACGUUUCAAUCUGGAGGGCGCAAGGCUGCUGCUCUCUGGGCGACAUUGCCAUGCCCAACUACGGCCAGCCUAAGGGUAUCCUCUUGAGAGAGACCAUCCCUGGAACGUUGAGAAAGCCGCUGUCCUUCGAGCGCAUCUGGACUGACCGGGGCUCAGGUGCGGACCGGGACGUCUCCAUCUGGAAGCCGAUCUGCCCACCAUCGUACCACGCUCUCGGCUUCGUCGCCGAAGGGAGCCAUGGCCGCGUCCCCUCAGUGGAAACAGUGCGCUGCGUGAACACUUCACACGUCUUGCGGGGUGACUGGCAGUGGGUCUACGACGACACCAAGACAGGAUCGUCACAGGACGUCACGAUAUGGAAAGCCGUUGGCAGCGGUCAGACGGCCAACACCUUCAAGGCCGUGACGCGGCAUGGCGCAAUGGACACGCCGUCAUUCAUCCUUAACCCGCGGUUCGUGUCGGUGCAGACUGGAGCUCCCGUGGCCAAGGUACGGCUUGUGAACUUCAUCUACGACUUCGAAUCGCAGGUGGUUAGCAAUGUCGACCCACUGGAGCUCACGACACGCACCAUCGCCGAGAAUUGUCGUGCUCCCCCGGGCAGUCCUCCGCUCAACGUGAAGCGGAAGAUCGACGUGACGGUCACGAUGACUUCAUCUUGGAGUGUGUCAACAUCGCUGGCGGUUGGCGUGGAGGUGACUUUUGAGGCGGGCAUCCCGCUGAUCGCUAAGAACCAGGUGAAGGUGUCCACAACCUUGACGAGGCAAUGGGAGAAGACCAUCACCGAAUCCAAGUCGGUGACUGAUUCGCUGGAGGCAACAAUCGACGUCCAAGCCGGGAAAUCAGUGUCGUACGUGGUGACCGGCCGGCGCUACAUUGGAAGUAUCCCCUGGAAGGCCACAAUGAUGACGACGUUCGAGGACGGGAGUUCAAACAUCGACCAAGUGGGAGGCAUUUUCGAGGGCAUGCAGGUGUCUGAGAUCCGCGUCUCAGCUGACGCACCACUGCCUUGUGGUUAAACUUCCCGUGAUGCUUAGCUUCAGGCCUUGUCCCUUGUAGGGCGAGACCUCAGCUAAUGUGCUAGGGGAGCAGCAGCAGUAGAAAAGUGUCCAUUGGUUAGGCGAAAAUUAUUUCUGCCUCUAACUAUAUUAUAAUAAAAAAUAACUGUAUGUAGGUGUGUUAAACUCACUUGGCACAAUACGGAGCUAACCGUGUUAAUAGGAGGUGCAAUGAAAUGACAGUUCUAAAGAAAUGAGCUUGUUCUGUCUCUCUCUCUGUGUCUGUUUUGCAACCGGCACAUACAGGAAAAAGACAAAAACUGUUUGGCCCAGGUGGGUAGCAGUGGAGAUUUUCUGCGUUGGGUUUUUCACGACGUGUUUGUUUGUUUGUGAGUUCUUUUGAAUGCCAUUCAUCUCUCUUAGCUUCCUCGCGGGGAGAGGUUGCACUCGCAUUGUUUAAGGUUAAACGCACGGCUCUAGAAGAGCCUUGUUGUCCUUCUGCACCUCCGAUUAGCACGGUCGGCUACGUACGGUGCAAAAAAUGUUCAACAUAUACAGACGGUGUGACAGCAUAGGCAGCAAGGGUGUUGCGGUCAACUGGGGGUAUUAUUAUAUAUCCGGUCAUCCUUGCAGUAGCAGCUUUUGGCUAGCCAUCGAACAAAAAGAUGGUCACCACAUAGCGCGCUUUCAGAUGUGCUUAUGUGGCCUUCUAGAACGCUCUCCUUCUGAUAUUCCGAACCCACUAGAGCUCUGUGCUUUGAAAAUGCAUUUCUUUAGAACUGAUUUUUGCGUUUCGUUUUUUGUCCUUCCUCCGCACCUACGAUUAGUUGGCUAUGUAUGGUGUGAAAGAAGCUCAAUAUAGAUACAUACAUGAUGCCAUGCUGGUGAGGCAGAGGGGAGAGAUUCAUUAGGCUCCGUGUACUCUAUCACUGCACUGCUCAGAAUCCACACAGCUAAAGAAAGUAGACUGUCGUCGACCACUCAAAAACCACGUUAUCAUGGUGCACGCAUUUCCGCAUUGUAAAGGUGCAUGCGUUAUAAUGGCAGGCACGUUCUGCAUUAUAACAAUGGUGUGUAAAAUAUUCCCGAAUGGAAGAGCUGCAUUGUAGCAAAAACACGUGAUAGUGUGAUACCACUGCGCAUGAAUCGACGAUUCGCAGUAUACUGGCGCUGGGCGGUUGAUUGGCCACUGGGCAGUUCAUUACGUGACAUUGCACCAGGAGUAGUUUGAUUAUAAAAAAAGUAAUUGUUUGGUAAAUUUUCGUAUACAUAACGGGAAUUCGAAUUUGCAAUCGUAUUUUCAAUCCGCAGCUGCCAGAAGAUUUUUCAUAGGAGGUUGUUUGAUGUGUUAGUGGUGAGGUGGAAGAGUGGUUUCUAAAAAAAACCCACCAAGGUUGCCCACGAGGCAGCCUCUCUUCCACACUGUGGAAGAGAGGCUGCCAUUACUCUUUCGGGAGCUGGACCAAUACCGCUUGGACCUCUGUGGAAUACAGGAGGUUUAGUGGACUGGUUUUGGUGUAUAUAGGGAGGCUGCCAUUCCUGUAUCAGAAGCUGUCCCGGUACUUCUUGAACCUCUGGGGCAUACGGGAUGUCCAGUGGACUGGUUCUGGCUCCAGUCACCAUGAGGGGUAAAUUGUUCUCUACUCAGUACAGGAAACUGUCCGGUCAGUGCAUGGCACCUGAGUCUAUUCAAUGACCUUCUCCUGUCAGCAAUCACUUCACAUGACUGCCUCGUAGUGCACCUAGCCUGGCACAAGCGCCGUGGUGACGAUACCACCGUUUAUUGGUGAGUAGCGGCAGUUGUUGUUAGAGGAAGGCGCAAAGCCCAGGGUUGAUUAGAACGAUCACUCACCGCCAAUCUCAGCUACAUCCGGGAAUUGAUCUUGUGUCGCUGGGUUCAUAGUACAAUUCGCUAACAAAUGGACCACCGCUCCAACGUCCACACUCCAUACAACAUACAUCCUCUUUUGAGACUUUUGAAGUUGUGCACCCCAAAGUGUGCAUUUCAGUGAUUGUCACUUUUGAUUCAAUAAAUGAGAAUGAAUGGAAUCCAAACAAA